GUGCAUGCGCGGCCUCAGGCCGGGGCGGGCGGGCGGGCGGGAGCUCGGCAACGGCCGCGCCGUCGGCAGCGCGCAGCGGAGACGGGCCCGCGAGUGAAGGAAACCCCGAGGCAGCAGCGUGAGAACAGGGAAAAUGGUUGAUUUGCUGAAAAUGCCAAUUGUAAUCACAGUGCAGAUUGAUGUGGUUUUAGCCAUCCUUACUGUCCUAGGAAUUGGAAGCAGACUGUGGGGGCUGCAAUAUCCUCGAGCUAUUGUGUUUGAUGAAGUUUAUUAUGGACAAUUUGUUUCAUUGUACAUGAAACAAACGUUUUUUAUUGAUGACAGUGGACCACCCCUUGGCCACAUGAUUCUGGCUCUUGGAGCUUAUCUCGGUGGUUUUGAUGGAAAUUUUGCUUGGAAUAGAAUUGGUGCAGAAUACACAGGGACUGUCCCAGUUUGGAACUUGAGGCUCUUUCCAGCUCUGGCUGGGGCUCUCUGCAUCUCGCUGGCAUACCAGAUUAUCGUAGAACUCAAGUAUUCUCACACCUCUGCUCUUGUUGCUGCCCUCCUUAUCAUGUUUGAAAACUCCUUAAUAACCCAGUCACGGUUUAUGCUUCUGGAACCCAUUCUCAUUUUCUUUGCACUGCUGGCGGUCUUGUCUUAUCUGAAAUUCUACAAUAUACAGAAAAACAGCUCAUUUUCAGUGAAGUGGUGGUCUUGGCUUUUCCUAACUGGAACAGCAUGUGCAUUUGCUGUUGGGGUAAAAUACAUGGGCUUAUUCACAUACUUGCUUCUGUUGGCUAUUGCUGGAGUACAUACAUGGAAGCUAAUUGGGGAUACAACAUUAUCAAAUGUCACAGUGUUUUAUCACAUCGUGGCCCGUGUAUGUGCACUUCUAGUCCUCCCAAUAAUCUUGUAUCUGGGCUGCUUCUACAUCCACCUGACUUUGUUGUACCGCUCUGGGCCACAUGAUCAAAUAAUGACCAGCAUGUUCCAAGCAAGUCUGGAGGGGGGGCUGGCAAGGAUCACACAGGGACAACCUCUUGAACUAGCCUAUGGUUCCCAGAUUACGCUGAGGAAUACAUGGAGCAAACCUGUUCCUUGCUGGCUCCAUUCACACAAGAACAUGUACCCUAUCAGGUAUGAUGGUGGCAGAGGCAGCUCCCAUCAGCAACAAGUAACGUGCUAUCCUUUUAAAGAUGUGAACAAUUGGUGGAUUAUAAAGGAUCCUGGCAAACAGGAGCUGGUUGUCAGCAAUCCGCCUCGCUCAGUUCGCCAUGGUGAUAUUGUGCAAUUGGUCCAUGGGAUGACAGCUCGUUAUCUUAACACACAUGAUGUUGCAGCGCCUAUGAGUCCUCAGUGGCAGGAGAUUUCUUGUUAUGUUGAUUACAACAUUUCAAUGCCAGCACAGAACCUGUGGAAAGUGGAAAUUGUCAAUCGAGAAACUGAGAAUGAAAUAUGGAAAACUAUAUUAUCAGAAGUAAAGCUUUUGCAUGUAAACACCUCUGCAGUAUUAAAGUUAAGUGGUACUGCUUUGCCUGAUUGGGGCUACCGCCAACUGGAGACUGUUGGAGACAAAAGUUCGAAGGUUUAUCAUCAGAACAUGGCAUGGAAUGUUGAAGAACACCGGUAUGGAAAAAGUGAAGAACAGAAGGAGAGAGAGUUGGAGUUUCAAACGCCAGUACAGAUGGAUGUCAGCCAGAACAUGAGCUUCAUGGCCAAAUUCCUGGAAUUGCAACUGAAGAUGUUGACGUUGAAGAAUGAAGAGACUGAACACAAGUACAGCUCUUCCCCUCUAGACUGGAUAAACAUGGACACCAAUAUUGCGUAUUGGCUUCACCCCAGCACCAAUGCCCAGGUCCAGUUGGUUGGAAAUAUUUCAACAUGGUCAACAGCAACGGUUGGAAUUCUUGUUUACACAGUACUCUUCCUCUGGCAUCUACUGAGACAGCGUAGGGGAAUCUGCACUAUCCCCAAAGAUUCCUGGGAGCACUUAAUUCUGGCUGGAGCUGUCUGCAUUGGAGGAUGGGCUGUUAAUUAUCUCCCUUUCUUCUUCAUGGAGAAAACCCUCUUUUUAUAUCACUACCUGCCCGGUCUCACAUUCAAAAUCCUCCUCCUACCCAUCAUUCUUGAGCACAUUCACAAUCACGUGCUCAGGUCUUCUGUCUCCAGAAACACAUUCAGUGCUGUGGUCUUAGCUUGGAUCUCCUCCGUCUACUUUGUGUAUCAGACAUUCAGUCCUCUCACCUACGGGUAUCCAGCUCUCUCAGCAUCACAGUUAACUGCAUUGCGCUGGAAAGACAGCUGGGACAUUCUUAUACGUAAACGGUAGCAAACAAUCAAUGGAUAUAUCGUGAGACAAACAAAACACAGGCUGCAAGAUAAGAGUCAAUUUCUACUUUAAAGCACAAGCACUUUAAAGUACUACAGUCUACAGCUACUGACAAUAAUUUUGUCAAUGGUCAAAAAAGGUGAAGAAUAAAUUUAUUGAUGAUCAAUAGUUAUGUGCUUGUAGUGAAAGAAAGUUCUGACAAUGUAGCAUCAUCUCAAUAUCAGUUGAUGUAUUGAGAGCUGUACAGUGCAUCAAAUGUGGUACCAUCCAUGUGCUUCUGAUGCUGGGCAUAAAGGGAAAAGCUGACAAGCCCUGUUUGUUUAAAGUUUACAAUUGGGAGCAAUUAGCAUGACCCAGUAGUUAUAACGCUCUGGUUUGAGUGUUGUGGUUAAGUAUUAUGGCUAUUUACACCUUAACAAUUAUGAUAUAUUUUGGAAGUUCACGGUUGUUGCGCCAGGUUUAGUGCCUUAUGACAGCAGAGCUUUCUGUUCAGUGAAAGAAAAGAAAAAAAGCUGCUAUUGCCAACUUUGCUGAAAUGUAAAGUGGCAACUUUUUGCCUAAUUGUGAAAUGGCAUCCGGAGCUUGUAGAUGUUCACUAGGAGUGAAACAGAAAGCCAGGAGUUUAAAUUUGUCCAAAGGAAAAUUUGUUCCACUUUUCUAUAAUUAAUUGACAAAAUGUUGUAUAUUUUUUUUAACUAAUGAACCUCCGAUGCAGCUAAUACCAUAAUUUCAAACCAUCCCUAACUUUGUUCCAAAUAGAGGUUUACAUGGAUGGCUUUAAAAUCAGGAUUACAAGCUGCAUACAUUAUUGCAGUUACUAAUGUUUGUAUGCAUGUAGAUUGUUCGUUGUAUCAUGAUGACAUCCAUUAAAGUCCUGUUCUUUGA